AUGCAGUCGCGCGCCGCCGCAGCAGCUGCAGCGACAGCACGUCAGGAGGAGGAGAACAUCACUAGUGCUCUUCGCGAAGUGUUGAAGAACGUCACUGGCGAUCAUCUCGUCGUGGUCGCCAGUGCUCUGCUGCAAAUCUCGCCAUCGUCCUAUGCGGAGGCUGUCGGGGCUCUUUGCCAGGAGAUGCACCGGAAUCGGCGCAUUGACCGUCUCGACACUCUCAAAGCGCUAGCCUUACAUGCUCGGGCAUCCGACCAGUCCGUCAUUGACACACUUUCCACUUACCUCCUUCAUGCCAAACGUGUUCUCGAGAAAGACGGGACUCCUCCAAUAGUGGCCGCACUGCGUGCUCUGAAAAGGGUUGCUGAGCAAUGUCCUGACAAGAUUGAAGAGGCUCGCACGGGCGUGCUCGUGGCAUUGGCGACCAAGACAGCUGCUACUGGAGGAAAAGAUUAUGUCCAUAACCUUUUAGCCUUGGCCAAAGAGCAGGGUUCGCCUUCCGAAGCAGUGUUGGCAAAUCUUGCACACGGCUUUCAAAAUCACAACAGUUCUGUAAGAGAGGCUUGCAAAGUCACCUUUGGUAAGCUUUGCCGGCCUGGUGAUGACGUGGCACUUGGCGUGCUCAUGCAGCUGAUUCAAGGCGACAUUUACGGAUGGUCGCGGUGCGCAGCAAUCGAGAUGAUGCCCAAGGUGAUAGAGAAUCCCCGGCCAGAAGUUACUGCUUGUCUUCUGAAUCUUUGCCGCGAAGCAGAUGUGGCCAUCAAAUCAGCAGCUCUUCGUGCUUUGAGGCCAUCCGCGCCAGAUGACACUGUUCCAUGA